AUGUCACUAGCCGACGAACUACUCGCAGAUCCAGAUUUCAUUACUACUCGUGAUGAAGAAGCCGAUGGUAUUGAUAAUGAUUCGGAAGAUGUUACAAUGCGAGAUUUGGAAGAGUUAGAAGAUAAAAUGGUUGAAGAUGAUUUUGAAGAGGAGCAAAUAAGUUCAGAAGUCGAAAUGAAAAAUGUAAUGGACGUGAGAAAAGUUGCUAAACUACUUGGAUCUAGGCAAAUGAAGGAUGUUCUAAUGAAAAUAGAACAGCUGAAAAAUACAAACCGAAUUCAUGUCCAAAUAAUGGGUCCUGUUGAAGAAGACCCAGAAUAUAAACUUAUUGUGCAAGCGAACAAUUUAACUGUUGAUAUCGAUAGUGAAAUUUUAGUCGUUCACAAGUUUAUAAGAGAUCAUUACGCAAAAAAGUUUCCUGAGCUAGAAUCGUUGGUACUCAAUCCGCUAGAUUAUGCUCGUGCCGUGAAAGCAAUCGGAAAUGAAAUGGAUUUGACCAAAGUCGAUCUGAGAUCGAUACUUCCAUCCGCGACCGUAAUGGUGGUAACGGUUACUGGUUCUACAACAAAUGGUCUACCAUUGACAAUAGAAGAAAGUAAGAUCAUAAGUGAUGCAUGCGAUAUGGCUUUAGAAUUGGAUAGUGCCAAACGCACGAUAUUAGAAUAUGUGGAAUCAAGAAUGACUUUAAUUGCACCAAAUCUUUCGGCGAUUGUGGGCAGUACCACUGCUGCAAAAAUGUUGGGACAGGCUGGUGGUUUGAUGGCUCUCUGUAAAAUGCCUGCAUGUAACGUUAUGUUAAUCGGCGUUCAAAAAAAGACGAGCACAGGCUUUUCCAAUGCGUCAAUACCGAGACACACUGGAUACUUGUUUCAAUCCGAAUUGAUACAGAGGACGCCACCAGAUCUUAGAUUAAAAGCACAAAAGAUUGUCGCCGCAAAAUGUACGUUGGCUGCUAGGAUGGAUCGUAUGCAUGAAUCAUCGGAUGGCUCAUUUGGUAGAUCUUUACGAGAACAGAUUGACAAGAAACUCGAAAAAUUGCAGGAGCCACCUCCAUCCAAGACAGUCAAGCCUUUACCAGUUCCUGACGAAGGACCAAAGAAACGGAGAGCUGGAAAAAAAGUACGCAGAAUGAAAGAAGCACAUGCAGUAACCGAACUUCGUAAAGCUCAAAAUAGGAUGGCAUUUGGUGUCGCUGAAGAUGAAACUGGUUCUUUUGAUACAACCAAGGGAUUAGGCUUGAUUGGGCAAAGUUCCGGAAAAAUCCGUGCUGCUGUGGCUGAUCCUAGAGUUAAAGCAAAAGCUCCAAAACGACAUCAAUAUAUGGGUUCAUCUGGUGCAACAUCCGGUUUGUCCUCUUCUUUAACUCUCACUCCUGUACAAGGAAUUGAAUUGAUCAAUCCCGAUGAAGCGCAAAAGAAGGUUAAGGAUGCAAAUGAUAGGUAUUUUGGUGGAG